GGUGAGCGUGAAGGACACCCUUGUUCCUCCCGCACUUCUGCCUAACUUGAUAUUCCUGACCGCGGAUUGACACUUCUAUUUAAGCCGACCCUUCCUCCUCUCGGCGUCUCCCGGUUCUCGAGUUGCCAUCGGCAUCAACCACUACCUACGCCCGCAUUCGACACAUUGAGCCCUCCAGCCACUGUCCCCGACACCGCAAACGCCAAUCGCCGACCGCUGCAACAACCUGGGCCUGCUCUUGCGCCCAUCGCCGCACCAUCGACAACAUCAUCAACUCCCCCAUCGCUAGUAGCCGAAAAUGUCGGAGGGAACUCUUCAAAAGGUCUCGCUUCAGAGCAACGAUGGCAACGCCAUCGAGGUCGAUCGCGCUGUCGCAUGCCGUUCCCGACUGAUUAAGGAUCUGAUCUCGGAUCUCGGCGAGGACAUGGUCGCCUCGACCCCGAUUCCCAUUCCCAACGUUACCGAGGCCGUGCUUAGGAAGGUCCUCGAAUGGUGCGAGCACCACAGGAAUGACCCCACCCAGACCAACGACGAGGACACGGAAAACCGUAAGAAGACUACCGACAUCGACGAGUGGGAUCAGAAGUUCAUGCAAGUCGACCAAGAGAUGCUCUUCGAGAUCAUCCUUGCAUCCAACUACCUCGACAUCAAGCCGCUCCUUGACGUCGGCUGUAAAACCGUGGCCAACAUGAUCAAGGGCAAGUCUCCCGAGGAGAUUCGUAAGACAUUCAACAUCACGAACGACUUCACCCCAGAGGAGGAGGAGCAAAUUCGUCGCGAGAACGAGUGGGCGGAAGACCGUUGAGACGUUCAAGAUGUUCCGGUUUCUCCAAGGCUCGCCGGCUUGCAUAUGCCUCUGGGCCCGACACGCUACGCAGCUGCGAGAUACUCGGGCCGGCUCUACUGCUCAUAUCUAGCGCGAGCGACAACGGUGUCACAUAUUUCGUUUCAUAGCUCAUGGAGGGGGGCGUUUGCUUCUCGUGUAUUGAUACCUCGAUAGGUUUUCUUACUCUCGCGGCCAGUGGACCUCGUGCCCCGGUUUCCAGCACUGGACGGCCGCGACGGCGUAUGCUUUUCUUGGGCCAUGUCCUCGGCGCACUAUCACAGGUGCCCUAGCGAUACUCGUUCGUUGACACUUGGGUUCCGGAUCCGCAUUGUCGCUUGGUGAAAGAAAUACCAGUAUGGGUUUGGUUCAAGCCUAACCGCAUCCUUGAAUGACUUUGAAGCCGCUAAUAAAUCAGAAUGCAUUUGACAUAUGACCAUGGCCG